AGAAGGCUUAUUGAGUGGCUUUACUAUUCUGCCAAACAAAAUCGCUGCCUCCGCUCCGCUUCCCCCAAAGUUUCUUUCUCUCUCAAUCAGUCGCAGUCCAAAGCCAAAAUCUGCCAGAUUUCAACACCGCCAUACCCCAUUCUCCUCUCCGUUUCCAUCGUUUCCAUCGCCUCCUUCUUCUAUACAUCGCCCCCAUUCUCUGCUACAUUGUCCAUACCCACCGCCGCCGCCGCCGCCACCGCCGACCACCAUGCAGGCCGUUCAGUCCCCCGCUCUCAAGCCAUCUCCGCUGGACCCGCUUCGGAAGCCAAAGAGCUCCCCCUUCCUCGUCGCCGCUGCUCCCAAAUCCAGGAGAGUCUCUUUCGUCUCUGCAUCUGCGGCAUCCACUGUCUCUGCGCCCAAGCGGGAGAAGGACCCGAAGAAGCGUGUGGUGAUUACUGGAAUGGGGCUUGUUUCCGUCUUCGGGAACAACGUCGAUUCCUACUAUGACAAGCUGCUUUCUGGUGAGAGUGGUAUCACUCCCAUCGAUAGGUUUGAUGCUUCCAAGUUUCCUACUCGCUUCGGUGGCCAGAUCCGGGGAUUCUCUGCCGAGGGCUAUAUUGAUGGCAAGAAUGAUCGCCGGCUUGAUGAUUGCCUUCGCUACUGCAUUGUUGCUGGCAAGAAGGCUCUCGAGGAUGCUGACCUCGGUGGAGAUAAGCUCUCUAAGAUCGACAAGGAGCGUGCUGGCGUGCUUGUUGGAACAGGGAUGGGUGGUCUUACAGUCUUUUCUGAUGGUGUUCAGGCUUUGAUAGAGAAAGGUCACAGGAAGAUAACCCCUUUUUUCAUUCCUUAUGCCAUUACAAAUAUGGGGUCUGCCUUACUUGCCAUUGAUAUUGGUUUCAUGGGUCCCAAUUAUUCUAUAUCCACUGCCUGUGCCACCUCUAAUUACUGCUUUUAUGCUGCUGCAAAUCACAUCCGCCGUGGAGAGGCUGAUAUGAUGCUUGCUGGUGGAACUGAAGCUGCUAUCAUACCUAUUGGAUUAGGGGGUUUUGUUGCUUGUAGGGCUCUAUCUCAGAGAAACGAUGAUCCUAAAACUGCUUCAAGGCCAUGGGACAAAGAUCGUGAUGGUUUUGUCAUGGGAGAAGGUGCUGGCAUACUGGUGAUGGAGAGUCUGGAGCAUGCAAUGAAACGAGGUGCACCAAUUGUUGCUGAAUACUUGGGAGGUGCUGUUAACUGUGAUGCUUAUCAUAUGACGGAUCCUAGAUCAGAUGGACUUGGUGUCUCUUCAUGCAUCUUGAGCAGCCUUGAAGAUGCAGGUGUAUCGCCUGAGGAGGUUAACUACAUUAAUGCACAUGCAACAUCCACCCUUGCCGGUGACUUAGCUGAGAUCAAUGCCAUCAAGAAGGUGUUUAAGAAUACAUCAGGGAUCAAAAUUAAUGCAACUAAGUCUAUGAUAGGGCACUGCCUUGGUGCUGCUGGAGGUUUGGAAGCCAUUGCCACUGUGAAAGCAAUUGGAACGGGAUGGUUGCAUCCUUCCAUAAAUCAAUUUAACCCAGAGCCUUCAGUUGAUUUCGACACGGUCGCAAACGUAAAGCAGCAGCACGAAGUGAAUGUUGCCAUCUCUAAUUCAUUCGGAUUCGGUGGACACAACUCAGUCGUGGCAUUUUCAGCAUUCAAACCUUGAGUGUGUUAAGCUCAUACACGACGUUUUGUAGGAGAAUCCAGUCCUUACCCUUAUCUGAGAGUAGUCACUAAUUUAUUUGUCAACUAGGUUGCUUUGGUUGCUGCUUCAGGCGUCUGUCUUUCAACGUUUUGGUCUUCAUGCAAUUUAUCAUCACCAUCAUUCCAUUUGUUGCUGUUUCCCAAUCCAAUAAAUGGUUUAUUUAAACUUGUACGAAUCAAUUGGGUUAGGAUUGUAUUACAUUACUGUUUACAUUUUCUCAAGAAUUCCAUCAAAAUGUUGUAAUGAAGAAGCUUUCUAUUUCA